UCUCCCGGGCGCAGCCAGGUGGCUUCCCCGACGUUGUUUGUGUUCUCUCCCCGGCAGGAUGCGGGAAGCCCCUGGGACGGAGGAGUCGGAGCCGGGCUGCGAGGCGCCUUGUGCUGGCCCUUGCCACGCGCAGCGCGUGCUGCAGACCCUCAACGCGUACCGGCGGAGCGGCACCCUCACCGACGUUGUGCUGCGCGCCGGGGGCCGCGACUUCCCUUGCCACCGCGCGGCGCUCAGCGCGGGCAGCGCCUACUUCCGCAGCUUGUUCGCGGCCGGGCGACCCGAGCACGUCCCAGCUGUGGUGCCCGUGGUGCCCGACGCGCCGGACUCCGGCCCGGCCGGGGCGGCGGAGGCACUAGCGGUGGUGCUCGAUUACGUGUACGGCGCGGGCGUGCGGCUGCGCGCGGAGGACGAGGCGGCGGCCGUGCUGGCGCUGGCGGAGCGGCUGGGCGUGGCGGGCCUGCGCGAGGCCUGCGUGCGCUUUUUCGAGCGCCGCCUGCGCGCCGCCAACAGUCUGGCGCUGCGCCGCGUGGCCGCCGCCUUCUCGCUGGCCCCGCUGGCCGAGCGUUGCGGCCGGGUCCUGCGCCAGGCCUUCGCCGAGGUGGCGCGCCACGCCGACUUCCUGGAGCUGGCGCCUGAAGAGGUGGCGGCGCUGCUGGCGGACCCCGCGCUGGGCGUGGCGCGCGAGGAGGCCGUGUUCGAGGCGGCCAUGCGCUGGGUGCGCCACGACGCGCCGGCCCGCCGCGGGCAGCUGCGACGCCUGCUGGAGCACGUGCGCCUGCCGCUGCUAGCGCCCGCCUACUUCCUGGAGAAGGUGGAGGCGGACGAGCUGCUGCAGGCCUGCGGCGAGUGCCGCCCACUGCUGCUCGAGGCCCGCGCCUGCUUCAUCCUGGGCCGCGAGGCCGGCGCGCUGCGGGCCCGGCCGCGGAGAUUCAUGGACCUAGCUGAAGUGAUCGUGGUCAUCGGCGGUUGCGACCGCAGAGGUCUCCUGAAGCUGCCCUUCGCCGAUGCCUACCACCCAGAGAGCCAGCGGUGGACCCCACUGCCCAGCCUGCCCGGCUACACUCGCUCAGAAUUCGCCGCCUGUGCUCUCCGCAAUGACGUCUACGUCUCUGGAGGCCACAUCAACAGUCACGAUGUGUGGAUGUUUAGCUCCCAUCUGCACACCUGGAUCAAGGUAGCCUCUCUGCACAAGGGCAGGUGGCGGCACAAGAUGGCAGUUGUGCAGGGGCAGCUGUUCGCGGUGGGUGGCUUCGACGGCCUGAGGCGCCUGCGCAGCGUGGAGCGCUACGACCCCUUCUCCAACACCUGGGCGGCUGCCACGCCCCUCCCGGAGGCCGUGAGCUCGGCAGCGGUGGCGUCCUGCGCGGGCCAGCUCUUUGUGAUCGGGGGUGCCGGGCAGGACGGCGUCAAUACGGACAAGGUGCAGUGCUUUGACCCCAAGGAAGACCAGUGGAGCCUGCGGUCACCAGCACCCUUCUCACAGCGGUGUCUCGAGGCUGUCUCCCUGGAUGACACCAUCUAUGUCCUGGGGGGUCUCAUGAGCAAAAUCUUUACCUAUGAUCCAGGCACAGAUGUGUGGGGGGAGGCAGCUGUCCUCCCCAGCCCUGUGGAGAGCUGUGGAGUCACUGUGUGUGAUGGGAAGGUCCACAUCCUUGGUGGGCGGGAUGAUCGCGGAGAAAGCACCGAUAAGGUCUUCACCUUUGACCCCAGCAGUGGGCAGGUGGAGGCCCAGCCAUCCCUGCAGCGCUGCACCAGCUCCCAUGGCUGUGUCACCAUCGUCCAGAACCUGGGCAGGUGACUCAGACUUGGACAGCCUGAGCCAGGAGGCAGAGCGGCAAGCAGAGCUCAGGUGUACACUCUUCUCCCUCAUGGCACCUUCACACAAACAGCCCUUAACUUAAUGGUCCCUUUUCUUGCAGAAAUAAAACCUU